GCCUUCCGAACCACAAAUCCUUCUGUCAAGAUCAUGUCUACUUUGCUUAAUUGCUUUUCUUUACAUUCACCGUAAGGAGUUAGUGCAGUCCCGUGACCGUUGAUUAAUACCGACCGGCGCCGAAGUUAUUACUCCACCCACACCUCACUCCUUUUUUCUCCCCCAUCACCACUACAGUUUUCACUGAAGCUCUUUCCCCUCUCCUCUUGCUCCAGUCCAGUCAUGGGAAGAAGAAGAACAAGUUGGCUCUCCUCUGUCAAGAAAGUCUUUAAGCCGAGCUCCAGAGAACACGACAAGGAGAGGGAGCAACACCCGGCUGAGGUUAAGGAGGAGGGCGCCUCGGCGCAGGAGACGCCGGAGAUUGUUUCAGUUGACCAAUUUCCGGUGGAAACGUCGCCCGAGGGGGCGACCAACUACGGAGGCAGAGGGAGCGCGGCGUCUCGGGGUGAAGAUGAGGAGGACAGGGACCACGCAAUCGCGGUGGCGUUAGCAGCCGCAGUGGCAGCCGGAGAAGCCGCAAUGGGGUUGGAAUUGGAUGGAGCGCUGGAUGGCAACCCAGCAAUGGCAGCAGCAGCAGCACCAGCAUAUGCGCCCAACUGAUCCCGAGGCAUCCAUCGCCACCGCAACAAGCACCGAAGAUCUCUCCGAGAAGAUGGUCGAGAUGGACACUGCUCGAAGCCAUCCAAAAGAAGAGAUCAACGCAAGGGCUGCUCGCCCUCCCAGCUACAUGGCAGCCACGCAGUCGGCCAGAGCCAAGGCCCGGACGCAGGCGGGGAGGCUACAGCGGAGGGAGCCGGCGAUGGGCGGAGGAGCAGUGGAGGGCGGUGGGAUUCGGGUGCAGGGAGGGCGCAACGGAGGGUAUAGUCCGGAGUGGAGCGUGGGAAGCGGAGAGCGGACGCCGCCGCCGUUGGGAGGGCGGGGAAGAAAGGUUGUGUACGGGUGAUGUGCGGCGUCGGUGGAACGGAGAGAUGGAAAUGUAGCUAUGUCUGUUGAUUAUUUCUGUUUUAUUGAUUGUAAUGAGGACACGAAAUUGGGGGUUUGUAUUUUGUUUAUUUUAGGGUUGUGUAGUAUGCAUAACUUAGAUAAUUAUUUAUGGAAAAUAAUUUGGUGUUUAAGCUUAGGUGGAAUUUAGUUA